AUUCUAAAUAUUGUUCUUUUUAUGACAAAGAAUAUAAACCUAUGUAAAAUUUAGCUAAGAUUAGAAAAAAAUUUUAGUGGUGGUGGAUUGUAUAAUUAAAAGGGAGUUAAAGCUGGGAAAUGGUUAGAGUCGGAUAAUGGCUUUUAUGAAUGUGAAUAAGUGAUAAAAUUUGGUUUAUA